AUGACGCCCGCGCUGGAGGCGCUGAGCGCGUUUCUCGGCAUGAUGCGGCGCGCCGCCGCCGUUGGCGCGCCGAUGGACCCGGAGUUCAGAGAGACCGUCGUGCGGGCCUCGGCGUCGAUGGAGAGCCUGGCGAAGGGGGGACGAGCGCAGUUCGUCACCGCCCCCGUCAUCUCCGUCCUUCUUAGCGCGUUUUAUGCGAAAAAGACCCGUGUGGCGGGGGCCGCGCUGCCGGUACUGCAGCAGCUGCUCCACCACGGCCACAUUUCCUACGACACCCCAAUUGUCCUCUACGAGUCUCCGCGACAUAAACAGGCGAUGCGCUGCGGGGAGGCGCUGGUUUCCGCCGUGGGUGAUUUCCUCGUCCGCACCACCGACGCGGCUUUGCAGCUCAAGGGCGUAGAGCUUGUCCAUGAUCUUGUGAGCGACGACAACUUCACCUUCUUCACGGGCGGCUGCGUCACCCGUUGUGUGCGGAUAUGCUUUCACAUAACACUGCGGAGCUCGAACGAAGGCGCACGAGGUACGGCGCGUGAACUGCUGCUUCUCUGUGUACUCCGCGUGACACGAGCCUUUGUAGAAACGACGCCUCCCGAGCCUCACUCUGACACCUUUGCCUCUUCCACAGUCCUGUAUGAUUACAUGCACGACGUGGAGCCGGAUGCCGACUUCACGCCCAUUCAAAUUGAGGGUUACCCCACGCCCUCCGUUGAUGACGCAGGAAGCCCUAUAAGCGGCAGCCCGCCGCUUGCGCAGUUGCGGUCGUACGCAACCGAAGAGACGUCAUCGUCGCGCGGCUCUUUGCAGCAUCCGGAGUUUUUUUAUAGCAGUCUCGACGAUAGUGUGCGAACCAACACCCUGUCGAUGUUUCGGGCAGACGGCACACUCCCAAGCGCCUUGAAAGACCUCCUGGGGCUCAUCCGACACACCUGCAGGCUGGCUUCACGGACGUGCCGUGGCUCGGGCUCGACGAGCGAAAAGAAUCCCGAGGUUCGCGUCCGUCAGCUGGCGCUGGAGAUGCUAGAGGCGGUGCUCCUGGAGAUUCCUCUGGCAAACAGCGACGCCGAACACCCCUGUGCGGCGUGGUUGAAGUUGGUGGUGGCUGCGGCGAAGUACGAUAUCCUUCGCUGCAUCGCCAGGAAUUUGUCGACCAUCGUCCCGCCCUCCUUCUUCACCACGAGCGUGCGCAUUCUCACGCUGCUGCUGCAGAAGUGUCACUACCACCUCGCCAGGGAGCUCCAUGCCUUGCUGGCUGUGAUGCUGUUUCCCCUGGCGCUAUCCAAAUUCUCGAGUUUCUCGCAGAAGCAUGCGGUGCUGAGUAUGGUUCACGAGCUCGUGGGCACGCCACACCUCUGCGUUUCUUUCUUUAUCAACUACGACUGCGAUCCAAACUUUGAUGCGGCGGCCAAGUACGGCGGCAUGCUCGAGCUUCUAGUCGACUUCAUUGUGGAGAUGACGUACACGGACUUCGUUGAACCCGAGUGGCUCUCGUUGGACCAGCAGCAGUUGCUGCGCAGUGCGUGUGCGAGUGCGACGCACAACCUGGUGGAGUCCAUGCUGCGCUGGGUCUCGGAGGAUCCUCGCAACUACGCGCAGCGGCAGAUGCGUGAGGCGGUGGGGCAGGUGCUCCGCAAAUCCACCACAGGCGCCCAAUGGACCACGCGGUGGCACGAGGUGUACCUCAGCAAGGGCUGGGAGGCGGGCAGGGCGGGGCAGGGGACGAGCACGUCCAGGGUGUCCGAGGACGCGGUGUCUUUUUCUUCCUCCUCGUCGUCCGCUGGCGCGGACGCGGCGGAGCGGCCGCAGAGGUGGGGCGAGCGACAGCGGGUUGGCUACCACUGGAAGCACAUUCACUGCCUGCUGCAGAACAAGCGCAUUGCACAGGAGGCGCUGCAGCACGUUAAUAGUGGGCGAUGGCGCGAGGGGAUGCGUUUGCUCGAGCAGCGGGGUUAUAUUUCACGCGCGGGUGAGGCAAACAAGUGGACAGAGUUUGCUCGGUUUCUCAAGACGUAUCCAGGGGUUGAGAGGUCUGCGCUUUGUGCGAUUUUCGAGCGGGUUCUAAAGGACUCUGACUGUGACCGCAUUCUGCAAGAAUACAUGCAGCUGUUCUCCUAUAAAGGGGUAGCCAUUGAUAUUGCGUUGCGGGACACGACAUGUGAAUUCAUGUCGUGGGAUCGUCCCUCAUUUGAGGCUCAGGUCUGGGCAGUGAUUCAGCGGCGCUUUGGCGAGGCGUACGGGGCACAAAACGCGCGCUCUAUCACGGUCAAGGACGCCAACGCGAUGGCAGGCGUUCUUCUGUUUCUGCACACAAGUCUUCACAAUGAGAAUAUGCGGGGCAGUCGCAUGACCAUGGAGGACUUUGUGCGGAACGGGAAUGAGUGCGUGGAGCUGCCUUUUGCAGAGGAGGACAUGCGGGACAUGUACCACCGUGUGGCGCAGCAAAAGUGGGAGCUGGAUGAGCUGCAACGCACGCCGCGGCAGGUUGAACUGGAGCAGAAAACGUAUUCCUUCUCUGCCUGGAUGGGCCAGCAGCAGCAGCAGCUGCGGCGGCCUUCCGCCGUGCUCGCCUCGGAUCCGGCGGAGGAGGAGGCCUCGUUGCACGCAGGGACGAGUGCGACGGGCGGCUCGACGCGACUGUGGACAGCCACAGACGAGCCCGAGGACGCCGAGCUGCUGGCGACCGCGGUGGCGCCGUACACGACGGACCCGGAGGGGUUCAAGCUGCGCGAGUCGUACCAGCAGCGGUACGUGGAUGUGGCGACGCAGCACCUGCGACGGCUGGAGUGUGAGCACCGCAUGCAGCGCUUAGAGGCCUGCACCCCGCAGCCGUACAUUGUGCCGCACUACGCGCAGCACGUUCGCCCAAUGCUCCUGAUGCUGUACCCCCAUAUUGCCGCAAUGCUGUACAUGGGCUUUCGCGUAUUGGAAGAACAACCCAUAUCCCGCAUUCUCCUUGGCACGUAUGACAUGCUCUACGACGUGGCGGCGGCAUUUGUGGUGAACCUCUCAGGGCUGCGAGUUGCAGUGGAGCAGAGGAUUCAGCGCCUGUUGGAGGACGAGGACGCCCAGCAUCUUCUCCCGCCCAUCCGGGGCGCAUUCACACUGCCCCUGAUGAAUCUACUCUGA